CAAUCAGCAAUUGCAAGAUACUUGUUUGUUUACGUUAUCGCCCACUCCCACUUUUUACUAAAUGAAAUAUUAAAAUUUUACGUUGGAAUAAAGUAUUUUUAGAUCAAUUCGCCAACACCAAAGUAACCUUGCACAUUGUAUUAUCCGUCAUUUUGUGUUGUGUUAGUCACAAUCAACCAGCAAAGCAAUAAUGUCGGGGUUAUCACUUGAAGAACAAUGGAAAAAUUUUAAAUUCGCACACAACAAGGAAUAUACCGAUGAAGAGGAACCACGCAGGUUGGAAAUCUUCAAAGAAAACCUUCAGAAAAUAGAAGAACACAACAAAAAGUUUGAAGCUGGCGAAGUUACGUACCAGAUGGGAGUUAAUAAAUUUGCUGACCUUACCUCUGAAGAAAUGAGUCAAUUUAGGGGUUUUAAACCUAGAGAAAAAUAAAUAGUAGUAUCAUAAGUCAGUUUUGUAUUUUUAUUUAAAUAAUUUUUAUAUUAAUAAAUAUGUUGUCUCGGUGA